AUGUCGGAGCAGCAGGGUGCACCGGAGCAGCUAGCAGCUGGAAAGAGCCAAGGAGGGGCAGGAGCCACCUACAAGGUGGUGGUGUUUGAGUUUGAGAACUUCUGUGGGAAGAAAGUGGAACUGUCUGCAGAGUGUAAGAAUGUGAUCGAAAAGGGAUGUGAGAAGGUGGGAUCUAUCAUCGUGGAAUCAGGACCCUGGGUGGCAUUUGAGCGCCAGGCAUUUGGCGGGGAGCAGUUUGUGCUGGAGAAGGGCGAGUAUCCUCGUUGGAGCACCUGGACCAACAGCCAGACUAAUAACUACCUGCUGUCCCUCAGGCCACUCAAAGUGGACAGUGCGGAUCACAAACUCCACCUGUUCGAGAACCCAGGCUUCGCCGGGAGGAAGAUGGAGAUUGUGGAUGACGACGUCCCCAGCCUGUGGGUCCAUGGCUUUCAGGACCGCGUGGCCAGCAUCAAGGCUACGAAUGGAGCGUGGGUGGGCUACAUGUUCCCAGGCUACAGGGGCCGCCAGUACAUCUUUGAGCAUGGAGACUACAAGCACUGGAAUGACUGGGGAGCAUCGACCCCUCAGAUCCAGUCUGUCCGACGCGUACGUGACAUGCAGUGGCACAAGAGAGGCUGCUUCAUUGCCCCCACCCCCACUCCCGCCCCCGCCCCCGCCCCCAACCCCACACCCCCAGCACCUGCACCCCCUACCGCCGCUGGCACCAGCUGAAAGAGAGUAGCUGUGGCCCCAGGCCCCCUAAGAAGCCAAAUCCGGGCCUCCCAUCCAUCCAGGGCUCCACCGAGCCUCACCUCCUCAUCACAGAGGGCCAGCAAGAAACGACGA